AUGGGAGAUUCUCCUCAUAACAGGAACUUGAUCAAACAACACCAGCUUCGUAUAUACGAAGAAUCACAAUCGUACCUUCGCGAACAGAACCUUUCACUACUCCGCAAAUUGAAUCAGAAAGAGAAACUCCUUCAACGCUACAAGUCUGAACAGGAUAUGAAUGCGCGAGCUUUGAAGAAGUUUGAAUUGGAGAAUCAGAAACUUGCUUCCGCGUGUCAGGAGUUGUUGGAUAGAGGGAAUAAUUUGGAAAAGGAGAUUGCUUUGUAUGAACAUGAUAGGGAAGCGUUGAUGGAAUUUGGGAAUGAAGCUGAUGAACGAGAACAACAGGCGAGAUCGCGUGUUUUGGAAUUGGAAAGGAAUUUGCAAUUCGUUAUGGAUGAAUUGAAAAAAUUACAAGCAUCAAAAGGAUUUAAAGGGUUCUUCUCCUUACUGCUCUGUUGA